CUCUAGCGGUCAAUAUAUGAAGUUUAAAAGUAAGCAAGGCAAUAAUUUAAUUAAGCUAAAAAGGAGAGGAGUCGUUACAUAUUGGAUUUUUAUACCUUUAAAAUGUUAUUGUAAUUAUGUAACUACUCAAUAAUGGAAGUCAAAUUAUAUUAAUUAGAUAUAAAUAUACUUAGGAAUACGAUAAGAGCGUAGAAGUUCUCAAAGUUGUGUACAGAUAAGAUAUUCAGUUGUCAACCAAAAGUUAAUGAUACCAGAACUAUGAGUCAACUGUUUUAUUUACUAAUUUUUUUUGUUAAUUUAUUAAAUGUACAUGGAUCUUCAGAGCCACCUUGGGAUUCUUAAUUUUGCUUGGGUGAGGAAGUAAUCAGAGCCUACUUCAAAUCCUCUGUAUGAUCUGAUAUGAUCUGACAUCUAGGAAUAAUUUUGACAUUUUUUUCAUUUGCAAUAAAAUAAUCAAUGAUUGAUUUGGACUGCUGUCAUUGCCAAUGUUCUAUCAAAAUUUGUGAUGGAACAUCGACUGAAAAACAUUUCAAAGAAUUUGAACAGUAUUGUAAAGAUAGUCUUAUAGAAGGGCGGUGUUGUAAUAGUACAAGAGGAAUUAUUGGAUUGGAUCUGAGUAAUUGCAGUUUAAAAACAUUAAAUGAUGUAUUAACAAAUUUUUCUGGUUUGGAAUAUUUAGAUUUAUCUGAUAAUCCAAUACAGAAUUGUUCUAAAGAAUAUUUUAAAGGACUCGUAAAUCUCACUUUAUUGUAUUUGCCAUCAAAGUGUGAAUGUCCUGGAAAUGUUUCUGCCUGGAAUGAUACAGAAGAAGGAAAUUAUUGUAAAGGACAAAAUGCUACUUGUGAUGUGUAUUGCUCUGAAAAUGGACAAUGUAUUCAUGAUGGCCCUGGUUUAGCAAUUUGUCAAUGUCUACCAGGUUAUUAUAGUUAUAGAUGUAUGAGAGAGGUAGGUACAAGUUUUAUAUUCUACUGAAAUUGAAUUUAGAUUUAUUUUAAA